AGAUGUGGCUCGCAAAAAAACUCCAUAGAAAGGCAGAAACUUGUGUGUAGUCUUCAUAGGGCUAACCCUCCUGAAUGGGAAUGCAAAACCUUUUUUUUCUGCUUACACGUGUAAUCACCGGUAUUGCACUUUUACGACGGUCCCUAAACCACCCAAGCGCCAGAAAAAGCGCCAGAAAACAGAAUAUUGCCUUCUGUUCGACCCUGUUAAGGGAAGAGUUCGACUAUCGGUAAAAACAAAAGGUGUAUUUUGCUCUCUACCGUCAUCUGAUUCUAGAUAUUACCUUAGGACGUUCCGUUGGACAGCUAUUGACGAGCGAACUCUGAAUAUCUAAAGUAGCCUAAACUAAUUUACUGCGGUGAUUUUGGUUGGAGUAACUCUCUCGCUUUAUUACCUUGUCGCGCAGGUGAAAAUCUGUUGUAGGAAGCAUUUACGAAACGAAACUAUGCCGCGUCUUUUUUGUCGGUAAUUAAAAAAAUAAAAAAUACAAAUGUAAACUCUUGCUCUUUAUGGAAUAUAACCACUCGGAAGAAAACUCGGUGGAGAACCGCGAUCACCCUUCGAAUGCCGCCUUGGCUCUAGUGAGCCACCAUGCCCAGCAGCAUCACAGGGAGCCCCAGACCCUGGUCAGAGCCAGGGGGCCAGGUCGGCCUCAUACCUGUGGAACCCAACCAUCUCCUCUACCGGAGCAGCAGCACCAGCCAGGAGUCCUGCUAUGAGGAGCGAUGUGUGGACCCGGUGGAGUUGAGGCACCAGGGUCCCAGGGGGACCCACCACAAGGCCCACCAUGGGGACGUGCAGAGCAAGGCGGCUGAUGAGACCAUCGGCUUCAUCCCCGGAUCAGCAGACUCUCCUCCAGGGGAUCACGGGUGUGGUCCUUGUGCCCCCUCCUCCCCAGGCAGCUGUAAGAACUGGGUGUGCAGCGUGCUGACCUGUGGACUCUACAUGGUGUGUCGGCGCACCAUCCUGGCCCCCAGUCCCACAGGGAGGUCCCCAGAUGACGAUCAGGAGAAGGUCAACCUCCGGGGUCUCCAGAGCCACCAUGGGGCCAACGACCCCCAAACCAGGAAGGAGGGCGGGGGUAGUGGCUCUGAUUGGUCGGAGGACAUCUACAUCAGAGGGGUCAAAGUGGAUAUUCCCAGAAUGGAGGAGGAGCCAGUGGUCAUUACCAGGCCUCUGUUACACAAUGGAAGAGGUGGAGGAGGGAGACGGUACAGCCCUCCAUCCUACUCCUGGUAUGAGGGGGAUACGGGUGAUCUGAGCAUGGGUGACGUGGACUCUCUGAUCACCCAGAAGCUUCUGGAGCUGUACUCUGAGUACCAGAUCGAGGAGCUGGCCCACUGCACCUCGGACUCAGUGUUCCUGAAGAAGACCGGUGAGAUCAGCCAGCUGAUCAGUGACCUGGCCGAGGAGCAUCAGCUUGAUGAGCAGGACGCAGAAGGUCGACUGGUCAAGGGCAUCAUCAGGAUCAGCACUAGGAAGAGCAAGAAGAGACCUCCAUACCGAAGGUCACAGAGGAGUACCUCCGACAGCGGAAACGAAACAAUGAGCAACUACCAAACAUCAACCAUCAGCAAUAACAAGGAUUACGAUAUCCAGAUCUCCAAGGAGACAGAUUCUGAUAUGAACGCUAGGAACAUGAGGAUGACCAGUGGAGCAGCAGAACGUUCUGAACGUCAGAUGUCUGUGUUAGGCAUGCCCCUGCCCGGGACUUCAGUCAGAACAUGAUGAUCCUUCUUCAACACUGCUGAUACCAUGGAGCUACUCACCAGUCGCCAGCUGAAGAGGUUGGGAGCCAUACAGAUACACGUAUUGUAAGGUCUAUUUAAUUCUGUGUUGGGAACUUUAAGGAGCCUGAGAAUUGCACUAUGUUAAAUGAAGUGGGAGGAGUAUUAUGCGUAUGCAAACUCCGUCCGAAGACCACGACUUUACUUUGAAGGCGAUACUAUGAAUCGUGUCAUCUGUAUAUUGAAGGAUUCUAAUGUAACCAGGGUCGUGAAUUUAUCUUUGAUUCUGGCGUAUUGCCCCCUUGUUUGGGGGUUGGUUUGUCUCAUAGAAAAGUCACUGUAGAUUUACUUCCCAAACCCUUCCAGCAGCUUCCCCUGUUUUGUUGUUCCUCUUAUUGCCCUCCAAUUACAUCCAUGGUGGUGUGUGUUACUUUACCCUUGAAUAACAACUAGCUCUUUUGAUAUGAAACUCGGCUCUCCACUGCUGCCGGAUCUCUUUCUGCAUUAUCGCUUCAACACUAACACAAGAAUCAGUUUCAAGGUAGUGUACUCACAUCCAGGGACUUGCAGGGUAAAGUAAACUGGCGCGAGGAAGAUAGAUAACCGCACACAUGAUUGGUCAACG